AUGAAAGAAGUGUGUUACUCGGACUUCAGAAAGGAAUCAAUACUGGUGGACAUCAAGUAGGAUGGCUAUUACAAGAUGUCAGUGUCGAUGCAGAUGAUGUCAAGAGUCAAACUAGUCUGCUGGAUUCAGAAUCAACCUACUUACCUCUAGAAAUCGCCCCCACCCCCAACAGACCGAUGACGGCGCCAGCUGUAACCAGUUCAGCCCCCCUCAACAACUACCCGUUUUAUAUGCAGACUGACAAUAGGCCUGCGACGUCAGGGGAGUCACGCUAUGAUGCGUACGACCGUCGACCAAUUAAACCUCUAAAUACUGAUGUGUUCAAGGGAAUUAAGCAUAGUUUUCAAGUGUCCCCUCCUACGCAAUCGGGAAACGAGCCCGCUUUGGGAACAAAAAAGAAAACUCCGCCCACGGCACAGGCUCAUGACUAUGACACCAGUCAGGAAGUGUCGCAAAUCGAACAGAUUUUAAAUCCUCCUCCCAAGGAAAAUAUUCCAGUGGAGGAUAUUUCAAAGAUUAAGGAUAUUUCACAUGAUCGGAAGUCAUCUGCCAGGUGGAGUGCAUCACAGAGAACAGAACGCAAAGCAGCGCAGAGUAAAAAAGACAAUGCAGAUCGCAGUAGUAUACCGGUGUCUAGUAAAAAUAGUGCUCCUAUUUCACGUACGCAAUCGGACUACACCAAAGGGCGAUAUGCCCCUCGCAAAUAUUCUGAACCUAGUGAUAAAGUGUCUUCGAGAACAAGAAGGACAGAUUCUAAGUCAAAGGGAAACAGAGAUUCAGGAGUGUUCUCCAGACCCAGUAGUGAUGCUACCUUAGAUGCAGACCACAGGGCAGCAACCUUAAUACAGGCAACAUGGCGAGGAUUCUGGGCUCGGGAACAUAACCCUGAGGUGGUGUCAGUACGCAAGGAGAUCCGAGCUCGCCGUGCGGAGGAUCAUAUAGUGGUGCUCAGGUCUGAGCUUGAUAGGCAGCGGAAACUAUACGAUGAAGAAAGACAUUUAAGAGGACUCCAAAUGGAAGCCAUCCGCUGUCUAUGGAAGGAAGUCCAAUCCCUCCAGAGCUGGAAGUCGGAAGUCCUCAACUCCCAGCAGUUCCGGAACACCCUGGAUUCUAGUCACCAUGACGACAGCUAUAACUACAGUCAGGAGAUACAGAAUACGCUGGAGAGGAUCGGAGGGGGUGGUCGUCAGGGUGACAGUGGGAGGCUGGGGUCUCUGUCGUCGGUGGAGGAGGAGAGACAGAGGGAGCUAGAGAAGACCUGUGCCAGUCUGCAGAACCAGGUUGCCCAGCUCUCCCAGGCUCUACAGUCAGUGUCUAGUGUUGUGUUCCAAAGUGGCAUUAUGACCGCAGGCAUGGACUCCAUCAAUAAUGAUGCGGAUCAGACAUUGUUAGUCACAGGGUAUGAGGAAGAUGAGAGCUCCAGCUGUGAGGAGACCAGUUAUACUGGCUCUAGAUGGGCAACGGUCCCCCAUUCCCUCUCGCCCUACCCCUCAGAGGAGGAGGAGCAGUACUUUUACUCCUUCCCUCAGCUAGGCUGCCCCACCCCUCCCAGGAGUCUGCAUAUGGAGCACAAGGGAGAAAACUCCAUCGUUCUAUCCUGGGGUCCUUCGAAAAUCUUAGACUCUUCAUGUAAAGAAGUUAACAAACCACUUCUUGGAUACAGAGUAUAUGUGGAUGACAAACCAGUAGCCAUGAUCAAUGGUUUGGCUGCCCUCGUCCAUGGUCUUAAUCCUGACUUAACAUAUAAGAUAUAUGUAAAGGCAGUAUCGUCUCUGGGAGAGUCCAACUCAUCAGAUAUUCUGAUGGCUGCCCUGUCCCAAGCCGCACGUAAACGUGCCUCUAGCACCGACAGCAACAGAACAGACAGUGAUCAUGAUUCUACGGAAAGUUCAGACAUUGCACGACGACGGAAGGACAAUCAUCAGCGUCAGAAACGGAGAAUUAAAUCUCCUCGACAAGACAAGAGACAGUCCAGUCGAAAAGGAUCCAGUGCCAGUGAUCAAGACAGACCUCCAUCUAGGUCAGAUAAAUCAAAGUCUGUUAACAGCACAGAUGGUGUAUUCAAACAGCCAAAAAUUCACACGAGACCAAGAAGUAGGGAAUCCACUCUGCAUACGGAGCCCCAGUGUUCGGAAUCUGCCCCAAGCCUGCCACAACCCAGUGAGUCCAAACGGUCACCUCAGUCAGGAAGUCAGAGCAAAGGACCUUCUACCUCACAACUGUCAGAGACUUUUACAGUGGAGUCAUCAGAGUCCUUGCUGAUGGCCAUCACGAGAGCUCAGAGUAGCCUCGGGAUGCAGGAGUCAAGUGAACAGCCAGUGAAAACCCAUAGGAGAAAACGUAGCAAAGACUUCAAAGCAUCUGAUUUACAGGAUGAGGAUGUGAAUCAGAAUCAAGCAAGUCCUAGUGCAGGAAGUGUUAGUCCGCAUUCUUAUAAUAUCGUAGAACAGCCAUCCAAAAUGGCAAGUGACAAAGACAAUUUGAAUAAGAGUGAGGAUAUAUCGAGAGAAAAAACACAGACGCACAGGAGAACUAGGAGUAAGGACUACGAGUGGAGGAAAGAUAUAGAUGUGUCUGGUCACGUGAAGGAACCAGAAAGGAGAGAAGUUAAGAAAGCGUGGGUGAAGGACUCCCCCACUGGGGAAGUACAUGGAAUUCCCAUCAUUGAUGCUAGUAAAAGACAUUCCUCUGGUAGCAGACCCAGUAGCCCUGCCCCUUCAGAUGCUUCAGAAAAGUCGGAAAAGAAAAGGACAGUGGCAGAACUUUUGGAGAAAUUCUCCAGCAAAAGCAGUGCAAAUUUUGGUACCAAUUCGUUAGGAACCGAAGGAAGUGAUCAGCAUGCUGGUUUGCCUCCUAGGUCUCGAAGGACCAACAGCAAUGAAGACGUGAGUGAAAGCAGGAGAACUCCCACCAAAAACAUGUCGCCAUCAGGCAAUGACAGACGAAGAACUCCAUCCAAUGGAUCAGAGAGUGAUGUGUCGGAAAUUUCUAGUUCUUCGGCUGCCAGACAGCUGGACAUGGACAAGAAACCGGGAAACACAGGGAUAACUAAACUGUUACAGAAACUUCAGAACUUCUCCAAGAGCCAGGAGGAGUCCAUACAAAGUCGAGCCCAGAAGAUGAAGAAAAAGUCCACGUCAGAAAGUCCGGGGAUCGAGGAGGGGCACCAUCGGCCCCGGAGGAUCAGUGGGGGGAGUGAGGGGGAUUCAGUGUCAGAACGGACCGUUCAUCAGAGUGAUAGUUCAUCCCAGUCUGAUGAUCCACAGUUAAAUAGAAAACCAUACAAAACUCAUAAAAGAUCUGGUUCAGACCAGAAAGUGAAUGUCUCUCAGCACCGCCAAUCAUCUGCACCCUCCACCCCCUCACAUCACUCAGCCCACAGUAGCCAUGGCAACCAGUUUGAUGACUACACGCCAAGACCGGGGUCAAAUGUCAAGCGCACUGCAUCAUUCCAUGGUGUGACCCCUUCACCCAAAAAGGAGGUUCAACCAAGAAGGAGUGGUUCAGAUGAAAACUUGUAUGAUAAAAUGCAACAACAGCCCACGGAAUUUUCGACUCAUUUACUCAUUUCAUCAUCAACUCAUUUUCAACUCCUCACAGACCAAGGUACAUCUUGUCUGCCGCCAUGUCAUGCAGUUCCUCCUUGUGUUGUUUUAUAAAUUAAUGUAAUCACCAUUUGUCUU